UAACAGUGUUCAAAAUUGAAGGAAAAACUAAAUAAAAGCUAUAAAUUUCAAAAACACCUUGUGAAAAUUGCUCAAAAUAUGGAAUUUUGAUACUCACUGAUAAGAAUGCCCACCAAACCGAUAAAGUUCAGGCAAACCGAUAUGCAACCCGCAAUACGUCAAAAGCCUUAUUCUGUGCCUUCCUUGUUUACUUCUCAAAACGGGACUUUUUAUCACAAACUUCGGCGAUUUCAAAUUCGAUGUUAUAUUUCCAUUAUUUCACAUUGAAUAAAACUAAAUUUACGUAUAGAGAAUUGCUUUGCGAUCGUGCUAUCGAGUAAAUGUUGUGGUGAAUCAAAAUAACACUUGCAAAGAACUUUAAAUUCAUUUAAUCGUGCAACUUUGUUUCAUCCUUCUAAGCUCACUAAAACACUGUAACUCGAGAGCACAGAAAUAUCAACAGCCAAUCAGAAUGCGCGACGGUAUCGCCCUCUGGGGAACGUGGAAGUCCGAAUACGCAUACGCCAUUUUGGUUCGACACAACGGAUGUAAACAACAUUAGAACGUAUGUACGCAUACAAUCUUAGGUGUAAAAAAUGCAAUUUUUUCGAUUGUUCGCGGGUUCGGGUGAAUUUUUAAGUAGUUUCCAGCUAAAGACAAUGAAAUUUCCUAUCGAUUGAUGUUAAAUUUUUGUUAUUUCGCGCAAAAUUGACGAUUUUCUGAAUACUUAUAUUAUCCGAUUUUUUCAUACUAUAUGUGUCAACUUUAAACUAAAAAUACUCGAAAUCUUCAGUGAACACACAGGUAUUUUAAUAUAGCAAAAUGUUCGUAAUUUCUUCGUCUUUAAAAUGAGUGUUUAUCGAAAGCUCUACAUGCAACCGUUCAAAAGUUGUAGAAGUUUAAAGUUGCGAAAACAAUGCAAAAACCAACCGCGGAUGGUAAGUAUUGAACUUUGAACUAGAAUUACUCAAAAUUUUCAACGAACACAUAGGUAUAUUAAUACAGCAAAACGUUCGUUAUUUUAUCUUUUUUAAAAUGGGUCUUUACCGAAAGCUCUACCUUCUACCGUUCAAAAAUUCUUGAAGAUCAAAGUUGCGGAAAAUGUUCUACAAUCAACACUAAGUGACUGAUAACAGUGAUAACACAAUUUGAACACUUUCCGCAACUUUGAUCUUCAAGAAUUUUUGAACGGUAGAAGGUAGAGCUUUCGGUAAAGACCCAUUUUAAAAAGGAUAAAAUAACGAACGUUUUGCUGUAUUAAUAUACCUAUGUGUUCGUUGAAAAUUUUGAGUAAUUCUAGUUCAAAGUUCAAUACUUACCAUCCGCGGUUGGUUUUUGCAUUGUUUUCGCAACUUUAAACUUCUACAACUUUUGAACGGUUGCAUGUAAAGCUUUCGAUAAACGCCCAUUUUAAAGACGAUGAAAUUACGAACAUUUUGAUAUAUUAAAAUACCUGUGUGUUCACUGAAGAUUUUGAGUAUUUUUAGUUUAAAAUUGACACAUAUAGUAUGAAAAAAUCGGGUAAUAGAAGUAUUCAUAAAAUCGUCAAUUUUUCGCGAAAUAACAAAAAUUUAACAUCAAUCGAUAGGAAAUUUCAUUGUCUUUAGCUUGAAACUACUUAAAAAUUCACCUGAACCCGCGAACAAUCGAAAAAAUUGCAUUUUUUACUCGUAAGAUUGUAUACAUACAUACGCUCUGAUGUUGUUUACAUCCGUUGUGUCGAACCAAAAUGGCGUAUGCGUAUACUUCCCUAAUCUAGAACUUUACAUAUCAGUACCCUGUCUCUCAAGACUACCUUAUUGGUAGCAGUGUUGAAUGCAAUCUAAAAAUCACGGCUGAAGAUGUCUUGGGUCAACAUUGUCGUAUCAGAUUAAUGAAUGAUGAGGUCUGUAUAUUCAGCCUCAAUUCACAACAUCCUGUUUUUGUAAAUGAAGAACCAGUUUCCGCAGAAGGUAAGGCUCUAAAGGACAGAGAUGAAAUACGCAUAAAUGACGAUUAUAAGUUCGGAUGGAAAACCGCCACUGAUCGAAGAAUUUUUUCCAGGUCGCUCCCAUUGGGUAAUGAACCAUCGCUUGAAGUGAAUGCAAGAUAUUCAGAUUCUGCUUUGAUUACAUGGAAGAAUGUGGAUCGUGUUCCUGAAGAAUGUACAGAGACCGACGUAACUCUUCAAAAUCCGUCAAUUCAGCGGGAUGUUAGUUCGUUUAUUUUGUUUUUGGAUGAACCGGUAAGUGAAGAAGAGACAUUGUCUGAAACGGAUGGUGUUGAAAAAUCAAACGUAUCUAUUCCAGGCGAGAUUAACCCUUCAUCUGUUGAAUGUGGAAUUAAAUUGAAAAACUCUGUGAAUACUCCGGUAAAAUCUCAAAAAUCAAUCAAUCCAGUUACUCCGUUUACUGUAUCAAACACGUCUGUUUCACAUUCCAAAAAUAACACCAGCAAAAUUUCCUGUCAGAAUGAUGAGACUGAAACGGAAUUGGAGUGUUCUGCAAGCCCUGAGGAUGUGUUUGAAGAUUUGAUCAUACCCCAAGCAGGCAGUCAGAAAGCUUAUCAUUCUACUCCAAAAGCGACUACGGAAUUUAAACAUCGAAAAAUUGCUCAUUCUUCAUCAUUCGCUUUUAUAGAUGUUGAUUUUGAAAAUGAUGAUGAAAUGGACACUUCCGAGCUAACUUUGAACUGUGAUGUAGUGAAGAAAACUGGUACAGUGAGUGAAAAAUCAAUAUGUAACGAAACGAAAAAAAGUAAUUCUGCCUCGAAAAAAUUUGCAAUUACACCUACAAAAUGUGCUUCAGAAGAGAUUAAUGGAAGUCGUCGUAAUACACGUGGUAGAACGUCACCACUGAGAAAAACUUUUGAGGAAAAUUCUUGUGAUAAUGAAGUAAAAUCUUCAACUACUCCAGAGAAGUUAACAGAAACGAGUAAUAUUACUCAAACUUCAUUGCACAUUGAUUCCAAAAUGGAAAAUGGUACUGAUACAAAUGUGGAAUACAAAUCUUUGAACGAGUCUGCAAAAGCUGGAUUCGUUUCUGUAUCAGAUGAAAAUGACACCUGUGAAACGUCAUUUAUUGACAAAUACAAAAUAUUCAACGUUGUGAAAAAUAUAUCUGUUGUAAAACCGGGUCUGGUUGCAAAAUGCGCUCGUAAUCUUUCGUAUAUUUCCCCUCCUGAGAAUAAUCGUAGUCAAGAAUAUAUGGACUCGAUGGUUACUACUCCUCAGAAAAAUUCCCUUUCAAUACAUGAGAGCAUCACUGAAAAUUUCAACAUUACAACGCCAUCGUUUUUAUCAAACACGAAAAAUUCAUCGUUUGAUGAAAGUAUGAAUACAUCUCUAUCUUCAGCACGCAAACGUCGUUCUACUGGCUUCAUUCCUUUUGUUGGUACUCCUUCAAAUGAAUAUAGAGUCACGAGGAAGAUGUCUACCCCUUUCAGUAGAUCAGUCUUGAGUCGAACUUCAAUUGAUUCUGAAGGAACAUUGCGAGAUGGUAAGCAGUCUUUUGAACGUAGAUUGACACCAUACAAAUUACCAUCAAGUAAAUCUUCGAUGAGAGAUUCUAUUUCAUGUCAACCAACUAUUCAAGAGAAUGUGUCGUUUGAAGAAUUGGAAGCUGGUAAUCAGGAGUGUGAUUCGACAAAUGAUCCAAAAUUCCAAUUCAUCACUAAAAGGUGUAAACAAAGGUAUGGCGAAAAUACCUUUGCCGAAGAAGAUAGGAUUCUUGAAGAAAGCGAGCUGAACAGUGAUUGCACUGAACUAGAUAACGAUUGUUCUUUCGAAGAAGAAAAUACAGUAGCUUCCAUCACAAACGCAUCCAUCACCUCAGAUGACUGUGAAGAACUUUCAAAUGAUGAUGGAACUGCAACAGAAACUGAGGAAAAUGCUUUGGAAUUUAAAUCAAUUUUGACACCAUUGCCAAAAUGUUCAGCUUUGAAAGAAAGAAGUGCUAAAAGAGUGACAUUUGUUUUACCUGCUUCACCUGGGGGUGCAGUAAAUGAAGAAAAUUCCACGUUAAGCUUUGAGGAAUCUUUUGCUAUGAUCAACUCUUCAAAACCUGCGGCUAUUGAAGAGCAUAAUUUAAAUUACGAUAGCAUAAUUUCUGAUGAAGAAUCGCAUGCAUUCGACAAACAAGAAACCAAUUUGUUGUAUAAUGCAGCCUCUGAACCUAAAACUUCUGUGGUUAGGAAUUUGAUUGCAGAAAAAUGUGACGAAUGCUCGUUAAACAUUUCUGGUUCUCAAUCUCAAACAAAAAUAAAAUCAAAUUUGAACGAUUUGAGCAGUGUUGAAAAAAUACAAUCUCCCAAGCCAUCACCAACAAAAUGUAAUAUGUCAGCAACCAAUAACGACAUUUCGGCAUAUAAUGGCAAAAUAGAUACAUUGAAUGAAACACCAACAAAUGAUGAACGCUCGCUGAUCUCAUUGGAACCUUCAAAUCGAUCAAAUCUUAUCGAGGAUGAACAUUCUAGAACAUUCAUUGAAGUUGAGUCUGUGGAAGAGAUGCCAGAAACAACUGCAAAUGAACAUCAAAACAAUAGUAAUUCAGCGAAAAUAAGUUGUUCUCCUGGGAUUCAUUUAUCUGUUGUUGAAACGUUGUUCAAGACACCUGAAAACCCAAGACAAUCUACUGUUCUUAGAGGUGGAAAACCGAGAUGUAUUCUGAAUUUCAAACCUAACUCAAGUAGUAAAACAAAAACAGGCAAUGAAACAAAUGUGAAAUCAGCUUCAGCUAGAAAAUCUGUUGAAGUAACUAGAAAAACCAAUGUUGUUCAGUCAUUCAGAAUGUGUAAAUCUUUAAAUAUAAAUGAAAUAACAUCAAAAUCUCUAUCUGCUGAAAAAAUUCAAAUCGAACAAUCGAAGCUCACUUUCAAAGCUCCCAAGAAAGAAAUUGAUGUUGAAAAUAUGUGUAACAAAGAUUCUACUCCAGCCAAAAAAAUUAUUGAAACAAUAUCAUCUACUGAGAGUGGCACUACAAAUACUGAAAUGCCAGAAAUCAUUGUGACAGAAGCCACAUUCAUGGAUCAAAAUGAAAAUAAUGAAACUCUAGAAUUGGUGAACAAAACAGAAGAAGAAGCAGCUGUCGAAAAUUCAAAGGUCGAGUCACCGAACAAAGUAAAGCUUGAUCAUGACAAAAAUAUGCCGAAAACGUCUGAUUGUGGAGGAAAAGAAUCUGCGGUCAGUUCAAAAGUUCAAUCACCAAACAGAGUACAGUUUCAUGAUGAGAGUAAAUUUGAAACAUCUGAUCAUGAUGAGAAAAUGAAUUCCGAAAAUAGUAAAACGGUGUUGUUACAAGGCAGCAUCACGGAUGACACUGGAUCUCCAAUAAUUACGCAAAAAUGUUGCAGUGCUGUAUCAAAUAUCGAGUUGGAUUCUAAAAUGUCUUUGUCAGAAAGUAAAACUGGACCAGAAGAAACAAAAUCACCCUCAAUGAAAGAUGCCAGUGAUUUAGAUGCUUCAAAAACAAGCGUGAUUACAAGCAGUCAUUAUAAUUCUCAAAUAUCCAAUUCAUCUAUAACUGAUAGCAAUGAUUUUGAUAUUCCAAGAAAGAACAAUGUUAUGGCUAAUCUCAAUAAUUCAGAAAUGGCUGAUUUGUUAUUCAAAGAAGCUAACCGUGUUGAUGUACCAGAGCAUAAUACCCGAAAACAUGAUGAAAUAGAAGACGAACUCAAUAUUAAUUUCAUUAGAAUAUCUCAAAGUACUUUGAGUUCACAAGAAAAUGGAAUGAAAAUAAACACAAGUAGUGGCGUAAUGAACAACGUAGAAAAAGAAGUGGAAAGUACUCUUCAUUCAUCAAAUUCUUCUCAAACUGAGACUACUCUGCCAGAAUUCUUUAAACCUAUAUCGUUUUCUGAAUCAUCCAACGCUUCGAGAAUUGAAUCUGCUGUGUCAAAUCUACUCAAAAAUUUCAGCAAACCUAAUUCACCAUCAGAAAUUAAAGUCGAUGAUGACAUUUUCACGCCUGUUAAAAAUGCCUCAAGAGAAAGCUCAACUCCUCAGUCUUCUGUUAUUGGAAGUAGAACAAGUUUGAGAAUUCACAAAUGCAAUAUAAAUGAUACUGCAAAUAAAUCCUGCAUUUUUUUACACAAUUGUAGCAGGAUAUCUGAUGAAUCGCAAACACAAGACAAUACUGAAAAUGCCAAAAAUCCUCGAGAAAUUUACAAGCAAGUUGUUGAUGAGUUGAAUAUUAAAUUGGUUAGCGUUAAAGAGAAAAACGAUACAGCUCAAGAAUUACUCACCACCAAAGAAAACACUGCUGAGGAGGUGAGCGAACCAGUUCUUUGUUCAAAAUCCACUCAACUUAUUUACUCAGCCAUUUCAUCAUCACAUUCUAUAUCGUCUCCUACCAAGGAAAUUACUGUUUCUACAAAAUCACCUGAGUUAACAACAACACAUGACGAGCAACUUGAACAUGUAUUUAAAAACAAAAUUAUGGAAAAUACUUCUGCUGAUCCGAAGGAGUUAUGUGACGUACACGAAGUUACUGCAGAUAUUUUGAAAGCACUAACUGUUAAUGAGAAUAGCCAGCAAAUUGAAAAUCUAUCUACCAUUGCGGUAACCAUUGAGAACAUACAAAAUGUAUCUAGUAUGUCAGCGACAAAUGAGGGUGAAGAUUCGAAAAAAACGAAUGAUGUUUCUGAUGAUACGAUUACUAAUGAAAAGAGAAGUUUGAGAACUUGUAAAGAAGAUUCCUCGGUGCCCGUUGCUGACUUUUCAAAACAAGAAGUGGCCACUAGAACUCGUCAGAGAGACCGAUCUACUUUGAAAACAAAAAUUAUACAGCUGAAAGAAGAUUUGAAUGAAGCGCAUGAUGAUAAAGAAAACAUCUGUUCUUUGUUGAAAGUUAUUGAUAAACCAAAGAAAACUCAGCUAUCAACAGAGCAGAUAACUGCAGAAGAACCUGUGAUGGAGAAGAAAACUAGAAAACCGCGACGUUUGAAAAAUGUGGAAAACAUUGCGACAGAAGCAGAGUCUCAACAAACUGUCGGAGAAGUUGGUAAACAGUCGUGUUCCAUUGUGCUUACUCCACUCGAUCCCGAAAUCAUGAAGAGUCCCGUUAAAGUCGACGAAAGCGACAACAUUUCUCCUAUAGAGGAACCAUCGCUUACCUUGAAGAGAAAACGCGCAACCAAAGCUGCCAAUAAAACUGAAUUAAAACCACCUUCAACCGCUUCUCGAACGAGACAAAGGCAAGUUAAAGCAGUUACUUUUGAUACAGCGCAAAGAAAAUCUAAACAAGUAACUCAACAAAUGAAAAAGAAUGAUACUCAGUCCAAGACUACUUCUAAACAAAAUCCUCAAAGCAAAGCGUGCGUAGUAAAACCAGCUGUUGCAACUAAUUCCAAAAAACUGAAAGUAAAUCAUGAUGUAGUUGAUACAAACGAACCCCCAAAAAAUUAUGAAAUUAUGAGAACCAUAACAAUUCAAUUGGAACCUGUGGAUGAAAGUUUCACCAGUCCAAUCGAACCGCUCAAUAAAAGGACUAGGUCCAAACGUGGUGUGGCUACUAUGAUAAAAGCUCAAAAAUCAGAAAAAGAAGCGAAAGAGAAAAAAACCAAAACUCCCAGAGCUACGAAACGUGCUCCUGAAAAUAUGGAGGAAAAUACAGUCGAAUUUCCGAAAAGAAGACGUGUUAAAGCCGAAGUUGUGGAUGAGAGUUCUUCCAAAGAAAAUACCAAAUCCAAAAAUAAUGAUGAAAUCGUUAACGAAUUGCCAAAAAGAACUCGCACUCGGGCAAAAACCAACGUUCUAGUUGAAACUGAAACUCCUGUGAAUAGUCUCAGUAAAACUACAAGAGCUACGAGAAACAAACCUUUUGAUAUUGUUACCAGCCAUAGUGGUACUCGGGCUAAAAAACAUGGCAACGAUGUCGAAUUAUCAACUCAGAACAAUUCUGAAAAGUCCAAUAAGAAGAUGGAACCCGUCAAAAGAACAACUGGUGAAAAACUAACGAAGAAACGGAAUGCUGCUGCGGUCUCAGCACGUCAUAUUCCCUGUGAAGAACCUGUCGCCCAUUCGUAUCAGAAAAUUCUGACUCCUAGAUUGACCCGUAGUAGAAAAACUGAAAUCGUAAAAAGCAAGAAAGAUACUCCUGUAAAACAUAUCGCAAAAGGAACACCAGUUACAAAGAAAAAAAAUGUCCCUGUCGAUCAAAAUACUCCAGUCAGUUCAAAACAUACUAGGAAUAUGAAAAAAUCCCCACCCGUAGAGAAAGCCGUUACAAAACGAACUGUAGCUACACGAGCCAAAAAACUAUCCGUACAGAAAGGCAGAAAAUCUUCAACGUUGAAAACUUCCGGUAGAGGUUCCCUUGUACGGAAAUCUGCUGAAACCACUUCUGCGGGAAAACCAGUAACUUCAAAUGUAAGGAAUACUCGAAGACGAGCGAAUUAACUAUACAUUGACAUCGAUAAUCAUGUGAACAAAUUUGCCACGUUGCUGUCAAAGUCAAACUGAAUUGGAUCUUCGUUAAAUCUGAAUUUUGAUUGUUAUCAUUGUAGUUAUAUUUGUACAUUUUUAUUGUAUUUUUUUGUUAUAUUGUGCUUGAUUCAAUUUUUUAUUCAAGUCAUAAUUUUUACUAUUUUAACAAAACGUUUUAUUUUUAUUUGAUCUAAAGUACAAGAAAAGUAAUUCGAUGUUCUCCAGGAACGUACAUUAUUUAGUUAGGUAUGUAAAAAAUUUUCAACGAUUUUGAGAUUUUAUUUUUAUAAUCCAAUUAUUGUUUGUUCAAUUAGUUUGAAAAUUUUAUAUCUGUGUAACAUUUAUUAGUCAUACUUGAGAUGAGAAAAUUUUUCAUCAUGAUACCUGAGUAUUUUAUGUUGCUUGAUUAUUGAAAAUAUAAUAAUAACAAAAAUGACAUUUUUUAAAACUAAGUAUGUGAGUGAAUUUUUUUUUUUAUUUUUGAUUUUUUUCCAAAAUAGUACUUAAUUUAAAUGUUUUAAUCGUAAUAAGUGUUUUUUGAAAAUUCAAUUUCCUAUUUUAUAGGUAUUUUACAUAAUCAAAUCACAAUCACCACCAUAAAUAUCUUUCAAAAUUGAAAUUUUUUUUCAAAAAUUGUUAAGAUUUUAUUUUAUUUUUAUACAACAGACGAUUUUUGGAAAUUACUGCAAUUUUUUUUUUUUUGCAAAAUGUUCUUAUUGUUAAUUUUAAAAGCAAAUACCAUGACUGAUGUACCUACUUACCAAAGCUGAAAAUACUCGAUUAGAAAUAAUUAAAAUUUGAAAAAUAUCUACUGCAUUGUAAUGUAACAUAAAUACGUAAACCAAUAUCCAUUAACCCUUAAAUGCCACAAGGUGGUGAAUUUCACCACACCAGUUUUUUCGAUGCGUUACGCUGGCAGGAAAGAGUGCUCGGGUGGGAACGACUAUUGGUACAUGUGUGUGUAUGUCUUGCGCUUCAAUUCCGCUGUUGAGCAUAUUGCAUACUUUUUUAUUUUAAGGGGCAGAAAUUUUUUAAAACGAGUGAAAUAAUAAUUAUUUUUGAAUUUUUUGCCCCUUAAAUGAGAAAAAUAGGCAAGUUGUUGUACAUAAAUUAGUAGAGCAUGGAUACAUAAAUAUUUAACAGGCGGUAGUUUCAUUCCAGUCGCUGUCGAUUAGCUACAAAAAACUAUCAAAAAAUAUGAAAAAAUUUUAUUUUUUUUUCAAAAAAUUGUGCCCCUUAAAAUAUGAAAGUAGGCAAUGUGUCAAACAUGCCAAAUGAAAGGGUGAACAUUUACGCACAUGUAUCAGGUAGCCAUGAUAUCAAGUCUCUCGUCAGUCCAGUGCAAGAAAAUCUUGAAAAAAAUAUAAGUGUGGCAUUUAAGGGUUAAAAUGUGUUGUGGUAACUUUAAUAGUUGGUAAUUUAUUGCGGAAUGAUAAUCGUAAUCAAGAUAUAAACUAGUUGGUGGAAGUUCUGAAUAAUACAAUUAAUUACGUCUCCCUU